GAAUGGAUGUAGACCUAUUAUGAGUAGCCUAAGGCUUUGUGUAGGCUACCCUGGUUUAUGGAGAGGUCUUUGAGUCCAACUCCAAAUGUCAACAAAGCCAGCUAGAGAAAAUCAGGAAGUCGCUGAUUGUGCAGCAGCUGGCCUUUUAGGCCUCGCCGUGAUGAUUGCUCCCUUCCUGAUUACUCGGACAUGGCUAAAAUCUCAGUUGAUAAUUAAAUCAGAGACAUUUCUCCUGGAGAACUAAAGACAUUGAUGCUGAUAACAAGGUUCUCAAUCUCAACUAGCGGGACCGGAAAUCUUUUUCCCGCAUUCCAUGGGAGAAAACAGAGGCACUCUUUUCAGGCCAUUGUCCAUGAAUUCUUGUUCCAGUAAGCAGGCAUAUAAUAAUUCUUACAGUUUCAAGAAGUAAUCAUAACUUGGCAUUUACCUUGAGUCUGGAAAGCAACAGUUGGUCAGCUAAGGAAUCAGCCAUGAGGCGACCGACCCCCGAAAACUCCACAUGGGCGGAAAGGCGUUCAACUGUGGUUUAUGCCUUGCGCUCUACCACCUUUAACACUUGGAGGAUGCUGACUAUGGGUGCGGAAUACGGCGCCUGGGCUCAGUCUCCAGCGGGAUUCCGUAGACGGCAAGCUGUGGUGUGUGACAGCGAUGAUGAAACUGACAGUUGUGUUGACCAUGAACAGUCAUGGAGAACCGAGAAUAUGGAUAAUACACAGUAUGACAGAGUUUAUCAACUCAGUGAGCCCGUUGCUUCCGAAGAGAGAGGCAUACGACGCAUUAUUCGUAAACACGACGCCCUGAACAGCACACCUUGGUCCAGCAACAGAAUGGCUCGCUUCGCAGAAGAUCUACCCACCCGCUAUGGUGGCGGAGGCGGCGGUAGAGGGGCGCCGGGCGCCGGUAGAGGGGGAGCCCGGGUUGGUGGUGCUCCAGGCGGCCAAAGGAUGUACAAGCAGUCGAUGGCUCAGAGAGCCAGGACAAUGGCUAUAUACAACCCCAACCCUGUCAAACAGAACUGCUUCACUGUCAACCGGUCCUUGUUCAUCUUUCGAGAGGACAAUCUCAUAAGGAAGUAUGCAAAGCGAAUAACUGAAUGGCCUCCGUUUGAGUACAUGAUACUGGCAACCAUCAUCGCAAACUGUAUCGUGCUGGCGCUGGAACAACACCUGCCGGCCAGCGACAAGACGCCCAUGUCAGAACGCCUGGACGACACAGAGCCCUACUUUAUUGGAAUAUUCUGUUUUGAGGCCGGCAUUAAGAUCAUUGCCCUGGGCUUUGCGUUUCACAAAGGCUCCUACCUCCGAAACGGCUGGAACGUAAUGGACUUCGUGGUCGUCCUCACUGGCUGUGCUCUGCUCCCUCGUGGUUUCCAGUCUGGUAGAACAGAACCUGCCAAGAUGGCGGCAGCACAGACAGCUUUCCGCUCGCUUGCAUCUCUCCCAGGCCAGAUACUUGCAUACUGGAUCGGACCCAACUUCGGCAUCACCAACUUCGACAACAUCCUGUUUGCCGUGCUCACGGUCUUCCAGUGCAUCACCAUGGAGGGCUGGGUGGACAUCCUCUACAACGCCAACGAUGCCUCGGGGAACACGUGGAACUGGCUCUACUUCAUCCCUCUCAUCAUCAUCGGCUCCUUCUUCAUGCUUAACCUGGUGCUGGGAGUCCUGUCAGGGGAGUUUGCCAAGGAGAGAGAGCGUGUGGAGAAGAGGCAGGAGUUCCUGAAGCUGCGCAGACAGCAGCAGAUCGAGAGGGAGCUGACUGGAUACCUGGAGUGGAUCUGCAAGGCGGAGGAGGUGCUGCUGGCGGAGGAGGAUGAGAACGCGGAGGAGCGCUCACCCCUGGACGUGCUGAAACGAGGGAAGGUGAAAAAGGGCAAGAACGACCUGAUCGCAGAAGAAGAAGGAGUGGAUCACUUCACGGACCUGUCCUCCGCAGUCCCCCCAGGCUCCCCGUUCGGGCGUGCCAGUGUGAAGAGCAGUAAGAUGGACAGCUCUUCGUAUUUCCGUCGGAAGGAGAAGAGGAUUCGCUUCUUCAUCCGGCGCAUGGUGAAGGCCCAGAGCUUCUACUGGAUCGUCCUGUGCCUGGUGGGGCUGAACACGCUGUGCGUCGCCAUCGUGCACUACGACCAGCCCGACUGGCUGACCAAGGCUCUCUACCUGGCGGAGUUUGUGUUCCUCGGGCUGUUCCUGUCUGAGAUGGCCUUGAAGAUGUACGGCCUGGGAGCCCGGAACUACUUCCACUCCUCUUUCAACUGCUUUGACUUUGGCGUGAUAGUUGGGAGUAUUUUCGAGGUGAUCUGGGCGAUGAUCAAACCAGGAGCCUCGUUUGGCAUCAGUGUUCUGAGAGCGCUUCGUUUGCUUAGGAUAUUUAAAGUCACUAAGUACUGGAACUCUCUGAGGAACCUGGUGGUGUCUCUGCUCAACUCCAUGAAGUCCAUCAUCAGCUUGCUGUUCCUCCUCUUCCUCUUCAUCGUGGUGUUUGCUCUGCUGGGCAUGCAGCUGUUCGGAGGACAGUUCAACUUUGAAGAAGAGACUCCAACCACCAACUUUGAUACUUUCCCGGCGGCCAUUUUGACCGUGUUUCAGAUUCUGACGGGGGAGGAUUGGAACGCGGUCAUGUAUCACGGGAUCGAGUCUCAGGGCGGCGUUCGGAGGGGAAUGUUCUCUUCCGUCUACUUCAUCGUUCUCACGCUCUUCGGAAACUACACGCUCCUGAACGUCUUCUUGGCCAUCGCCGUCGACAACCUUGCGAACGCCCAGGAGCUGACCAAGGACGAGGAGCAGCAGGAGGAGGCAGCCAAUAAGAAGCUGGCCUUGCAGAAAGCCAUGGAGGUGAAGGAAGUCAGUCCCAUGUCAGCGGCCAAUAUCUCCAUCGCUGCUUUUGUAAAGCAAAAUCGAGAGGCGCUCUCUCGCAGGUCUUCCGUCUCCAGCAUACACUCACCCAUGGAGCAGCAGCGUUGCAACAAGGCCAUGUCGGUGUGGGAGCAGCGCACCAACGUGCUGCGACGCCACAACCUGCGAGCGAGCAGCGAGGCGCUCUUCAACGAGCUGGACCCCGAGGAACGCCUCCGUGUGUCCUCCGCCCUCAACCUGCGCCCCGACAUGAAGACCCACCUGGACCGCCCCCUGGUGGUGGAGGCGGGGAACGCCGACAAGCCCCGCCCCCCGGAGGCGGAGCCCUGCGACGAGGCGCCGUCGGACGGCCAGGCCCCGGUGUCCUCGUCCUCCGCGCACCCCCGCAAACACCACCGGCACCGGGAGAGGCCCGGGGAGAACGGCGGGGCGGCGGAGGGGAGAGGCAGCCGACACCACGCCCAUCACAGCCGCGGUCGGGAGCAGGGGGACGGCCCCCGGGGCCUCCAGGGGACGGGCGAGAGGAGCCGGGAGGGGGGCCCGACCCGCAAGCACCACCACCAGGGAGGCUCCCCGGAGGAGGGCGGGGGGGUGAACGGGGGCGAGGAGAGGGACCAUCGGCACCACCACGCCCACCACCCGCCCCGGGAGGGCAACGGCGCCCUGGCGAACGGGGCGAGGGCGGAGCGGCGGGGGCGAGGCCAGCGGGACGGGGGAGGGGAGGGGAACGGGGAGCGCAGGAGACACCGCACGCGGAUGGUGCGAGCCCAGUCCACUCUGGACGGGGAGGAGGGGAGAGAGAGCGGAGAGAGGGAGGGGGAGAGGGGCGCCGGAGGACACAGGAGCAGGCAGAUGGAUCCAGAGACUGGCCCCCCUCCCGGAGGGGCCCCCCUCGGGCCCCCGCUGGCCCCUGAAGGACUGCUGAGAGAAGAAGGGGAGAAACAGGAGGAUGAGGACAACCUGAAGAACACCACGCGUGACGGCCGGGCCGGCCUCAACAGCAACACCAUCCACAUCCCAGUUACCGUCACCUCCCCCCCUGGGGAGACCACCGUCAUACCCAUGAACAACAUAGACUGUGAGAGCCUGGCUCUGGCGGAGGAGAAGAAGGAUCUGGAAGAGAAUGGUGCCCCGGGCCCCAGACACAUCCUGCCCUACAGCUCCAUGUUCGUGUUCGGACAGACCAACCCGGUGCGUCGCCUGUGUCACUACGUGGUGAACCUGCGUUACUUUGAGAUGUGCAUUUUGAUGGUGAUCACCAUGAGCAGCAUCGCCCUGGCGGCCGAGGACCCCGUCCAGGCUAACGCUCCGCGCAACAACGUGCUCAAGUAUCUGGAUUACGUGUUCACUGGGGUGUUCACCUUCGAGAUGGUGAUUAAGAUGAUUGACCUCGGCCUCAUCCUCCACCCUGGCGCGUAUUUCCGGGACUUGUGGAACAUCCUGGACUUCAUCGUGGUCACUGGGGCUCUGGUGGCCUUCGCCUGCUCGAGCCUUAUGGGAUCGCAGCAAAGCGUGGCCAGAGGGACCAAAGGCAAAGACAUCAACACCAUCAAGUCUCUCAGGGUGCUGCGUGUGCUACGACCCCUCAAGACCAUCAAACGGCUGCCCAAGCUCAAGGCGGUGUUUGACUGCGUGGUCAACUCUCUGAAGAACGUGCUGAACAUCCUCAUCGUGUACAUGCUGUUCAUGUUCAUCUUCGCCGUCAUCGCCGUGCAGCUCUUCAAGGGGAAGUUCUUCUACUGCACCGACGAGUCCAAGGGCCUCGAGAAGGACUGCAGAGGUCAGUUCCUGGACUAUGACCAUGACGAGGUGGCAGCCCAGCCCAGGGAGUGGAGGAAGUACGAGUUCCACUACGACAACGUCCUCUGGGCCUUCCUCACCCUCUUCACUGUCUCCACCGGAGAGGGCUGGCCAAUGGUCCUAAAGCACUCGGUUGACGCCACAUACGAGGACCAGGGUCCUAGUCCGGGGUUCCGCAUGGAAACGUCCAUCUUCUACGUGGUGUACUUUGUGGUGUUCCCCUUCUUCUUCGUCAACAUAUUCGUGGCCCUCAUCAUCAUCACCUUCCAGGAGCAGGGAGACAAGGCCAUGUCAGAGUGUAGCCUGGAGAAGAACGAGAGAGCGUGUAUCGACUUUGCCAUCAAUGCCAGGCCGCUGACCCGCUACAUGCCCCAGAACAAGCAGUCCUUCCAGUACAAGAUGUGGAAGUUCGUGGUGUCUCCACCCUUUGAAUACUCCAUCAUGACCAUGAUCGCCCUCAACACCGUGGUGCUCAUGAUGAAGUUCCACGGAGCCCCAGACCUGUAUGAGUCCAUGCUGAAGUACCUGAACAUCGUGUUCACCAGCCUCUUCACCCUGGAGUGCAUCCUGAAGAUCAUCGCCUUCGGACCGCUGAACUAUCUGAAAGCAGCGUGGAACGUGUUUGACUUUGUGACCGCUGGGAGCAUCACAGACAUCUUGGUCACGGAGAUCAAGGUGCUCUUGGCCACUUUGAACUCCUCGUUCUCUCUUCAGCGAUUGGUCAGGAUGAAUAUGCCCAUCGCCGAUGACAACACGGUGCAUUUCACUUCCACCCUGAUGGCUCUGAUCCGCACAGCUCUGGAGAUAAAGCUGGCGUCAGGGGUAUUGGCCCAGAGGCUUUGUGACGCUGAGCUGAAGAGAGAGAUCUCCAGAGUCUGGCCCAACCUUCAACAGAAGACUGUCGACCUACUGGUUACACCCCAUAAACACAAGGAGCUGACAGUGGGGAAGGUCUACGCCGCCCUCAUGAUCUUCGACUACUACAAGCAGAACCGAGCCAAGAAGCUCCAGCAGCAGCAGGCUCCAGGGAGCACGCAGAGACAAGGGGGUUCCCUCUUUAGACCCAUGCUGCCCCUCGCCCACAUACAGGAGCAGGACACGCCCCCUCUCAGCCUCCAGGCCGACACCCCCUCGCAGCCUGAGGCCCCGCCCACCACCACCUCGCUAACCAAUGACAAUGCAGUAACAAGCCAGACAGAUGCCAUAAGGGAAUCAGAGGAUGCACCAACUUUACAAAACCUCAGUAACGGCAACGAAUCUUUGGAGACGAGUCGGCUGGAGAACGAUUCGGACGUGGAGGGCUUCCCUGGAGGGCCGUGGCAGAGCCGCCUCAUGCCCAGGCUCAACGCUGAAUACUACCGGAGCCACCCUCGCCACGCCCCUGGGACCCACCUGGCACCCAUCGCUGACCUCAGCCCCAUCCGCCGCUCGGCGUCCACGCUGACCCCCCAACGCCCCCUGGAGGCGGGUUUGGGGGACUAUGCCCUGCAGCGGCCCGCCCAGGGGUCGGCGACGGGGCAGGACAGGGCGCACCACCGCCAUCACCACCACAGCUGCCAGCGACGCCGGGACAAGGACAGGAAGCAGAAGUCUCUGGAUGGAGCGACCAGUGUUCAGCCUGCCAGCAGCACGGGUUCCCCCUCCGACCCCCCUGUGGAGGGGGCGUGCAGGGAGAGGGCGCGGGAACGCGGGCGGCCCCAGGAGCGGAGGUACCACUCGGUGACGGGGGAGAAGCAGCGGUACUACUCCUGCGAGCGCUACGGAGCCAGGGACCCCGGCCACGCCCGCUCUGCCGGGCCCAGCCGCUCCACCUCACCGGGGGAGGGCCCCGACGCCGGCCUGCUCAAACUGGUUAAAGGAACCCCCCCGGUCCAGACCUCAGGCUCCACGACACCCAGAGGGCGUCGGCAGCUUCCCCAGACCCCCCUCACCCCCCGGCCGGCCGUGGCCUACAAGACCGCCCACUCCUCGCCCGUCCAACCCGCCGCAACGCCCCCCUGCCGCCUCAGCAGGGGGCUGUCCGAGCACGACGCCCUCCUUAGCGGCCACGACCGAUCCCCCGUACCGGUCACCCGCAUCGGCUCCGACCCCAACCUGAGCCCCCGGGCGUGGGACAGGCCUCCACGCGGCCUCCUGGAGGAGACGGAGGACUUCCAGGACGCCGUGAGCACCCACGGAGGGCCCAGAGCCUCUCCCAGGACAGCUGCCCCGGCCUCGACCCCGGCCUCACGCGGGGGGGGCGUCGGGCCCUCCACGGCCCCCACACAGGGCAGGGCGGGGGUACCGAACGGGUUCCACUUCACCCUGGGGGUCAACGCCGGCGCCAGGGGCACUGGAGGGUUUCGGGAGAGGGAGGAGGAGGAGGACUGGUGCUAGCUAGUUUGGCGGAACUCUUCCCCCUCCCCUCGUCAUCUGCCUGAUCCGAAAGCGUUUUAGCUUGAGCGUCGAUGGACUCCCGUCGUGUUUUGGACGGGUGGUCGGACUGCGGGCUGACGUCAGCUUUGGAGCGCCCAGAGGAGUCCAAAGGAGAAGGGAAGGGUGUUGUGUACGUUUGAAAAGAAACUACUGGACGGUACUUAAAAAGGAAAACCCUUCCUGUUUGUAGUGUUGUCCUCUCUUUUUUUAAAACAAAAGACGUCUUUUUUCUACUCCCUUCUUGCACUGAAACUGAAACUCGUCUCGAUUGUGUGAGCGAAGUGCAGAGCACACGUUACAUCCCUACGCGUGUUCUACCUUGAGCGGUAAAAUGUUUUUGUUUUAGAAGAAGAUUGAAGAAAAAGAAGCCAAAAUGUCUUCCUACUUUGAGUGGGGUUGGGGGGCAAAGACUGUGAACUGUGUUUUCGAUGAGCUGAAAUUACAAACCCCUCAGAAUGCCAAUCAUCCUAGCUGGCCUGUUCCUGUGAAAUAGUCUGUUGCUGUCCGAUCUGUUGGCCAUGUAUUGGAAGCAGGACUCAUGAGACCAGACCUCACGAUGAUGAAAAUGCACUACCACUCCACCCUUUUCCUUGCAGCAGAAGAUCCUUUAGUAUGACCUUGUUCUCUUGCUAGCUCAGAAUUCGAGGUUCUAGCAGAUAGACCCCUCUUCUUUAAUCAGUAGUUAGGACUAUAUGUUUGUGUAGUUGUAGAUCUUCUGUGGUCUCAUGCAGUCUGCUCACGACACGAUGAACGCAAAAUGUAGUUGUUUUCUACAAAACUACGGUGGAUUGAAUAUCUUUUCACAGCUUUCUUGUUUUUGUAAAUGAUUGAGAGUGUACAGUGGUCAGGUAGGUCAGCUCUUGCUAACACGAUGCUCUGGUUGCUGAAUUACCAAGUGCCUGUCAUUUAAAGAUGUAUUAUUGUACAGUUGUGAUGCAGCCUGACUUGUAGAUGGGACUCAUGUAGAACAUGGGAUGUGUUAUGAAGAUGAUAUAAACUGGUUAUGCAUAGGAAGACAGUUAUUUAGGUUGUAAUAUAAAGUGAAAUGGUUGGUGGAGCUGGAAGAAAUUAAACCAAUUGCUGGUUUUUGAUAGAACGAAGCAUUUGUUUUCAUCUCCGAUGAGGGAAAAUAAUGCACAAAAAAAGAUUUUUUGUAUUCAUAAAUAUACAAUUUUUAAUUGAUAUAGUUGUAAGUAAGAGUUAGAGAUCCAAAGCAAGCGAUAUACUGCAUGCCGAGGGAUCUUGAAAGUGUCCACGUUUGUCGGUAACUGACUAGAGUCGCCUGUCGAGCUUUCUGCCUUUUUCUUCCAAAAUAAACAAAACUGCCAGAAAGAGUUGGUAGGAACAGAUGUGUAAUGGGAAAAAAGUGCCAUUGUGAUUCCCUCCAAACAAGGAAAGUUUCACUUUACCGUUUUAUGUUUUUCUAUUAUUGUACUUUUGUUCUAAAUUAUAUAUAUAUAUAUAUAUAUAUCAUGUUCGGAAUCCUUACCUUGUCUCUCUGAAUCCUGGAGGAGGUUCUGUGCUUAAGAAAACGACCACAAAGAAGCGUGCCACCUUUGCCCGAAAAUCCUGGGUUUGUUUUCUUCCAGGUCUGUCUCUCCUGAGGGCAGGACUUUAAGAUAGGUCCUGCGGAGGGAUUGACCCUAAAGGUCAAAGGGGUUAUUCUAAAUAUUAUCCUAUCAUAGGCAAAAAGGGUUGUGUUGACUGUUGCCUUACAGUAGGGCUAUGCAACAAGAAGACACUCCAGCCAGCCUGUAGCUUUACCCUCUGGGGAACCCAGAUUCACGCUUUAGCAUGAUUGUCACCAAAAUUUUACAUUUGAUUUAUUUAGGAGUUGUAAAUUGUACAGUGAAUAUAGUAUAAUGUGUAAAGUUAUUGGAAAUUACAUUUAGGCACAACCGGUAUUGAAUCUUUCACAAUAUGUGAAACGGCAUUUUGAGUUAAUCAAGUUGACUGCAUGUUCCCUGAUAGAACCAUGAAAAAUGUGUUUUUAUCGUAUUGAAUCAGAAGUCACAUAUUUAUUUUUGUUUCCUAUUGUCAAAUCCUGUAGGCUAUAUUGUGCAAUCUCUUUGAUGGAUAGUAAACAGGUGAAUUAUUAGAAAUGAAAUAUGGACAUGGUUAUGCUUCUUAGGGAGAGGUAAUGUUGUAGAUUGAAGGAAUGUUCCCUGGCCUAUAAAUGUCCUUGUUUGUUUUGCCAUACUUUGUGUGUGCGUGUGUGUGUGUGUGUGUGUGUGUGUGUGUGUGUGUGUGUGUGUGUGUGUGUGUGUGUGUGUGUGUGUGUGUGUGUGUGUGUGUGUGUGGAGGAUUUGGCAGUCCCUUUGUCUGAACCAUGGUCACCCCUCAUCUGAACCCAUCCUCUAUCAGUGUUCCACAUUAGAGGCUUCGCAUGUUUGUCUCCACAGUACAUACCUCAUCUAGUUUGACAUGGCUUUGUUCCUUGGACAUGUUUGCAUGUUACUGUACGAAAAACUAUGUGCAUGUGCAAAAAAAAAAAAAACUUGUUUAUUCCCAUACGGUUCAUCAUUGAUACAAAAUGUUCGCCGGUUUCUUUCCGAUGGACAAUGAUGAUGCAUCUGUUUUUGUUUCUGGAACUGGGAUGAAGACAAAAAAAGCUUGAAUAACAGUAUUUCAAACAAAUGUGUCAAAUCUACACCACUCCAUGUCAGAAACGGAAAAAAACGGUUAUUUUCUGAAGUUCAGGACUGACUGAAUCCUUUGCUGCCUGGUGUGUUAUCUGACUGGCAACCCUACAGUCAUUUCUACUAUACCAUUACAUUUUGUAUUCUAGAAGUCCUUGAAUAAAGAUAUAUGAAAAUUA